AUGAAGUUUACUACAUCUAUCGUGGUGGCAUUAUUCGCUAGUGUUACAAGUGCUACUCCUAUUGAAAAAAGACACAACAAAUUUUUUGUACACCAAAUUGAAAAGUAUGACAUUUCUGGGUCUGGUAAGAGGGAUGAGCUGCUCAACUUUGAUGAUACUGGUAUUAGAUACACUGUUGAUUUAGAAAUUGGAUCUAGUAAAGAAAAAGUUAAAGUCAUGAUUGACACUGGUAGUUGGCGCUUAAAUAUUCCUGGUCCAAAUGCACCAUGUCUUGGAACAGGAACAUGUCCUGCUGGCAGUGUUUUCCACCCAGACAAGUCAACCACGUUCAAAAAUCUGAGUAUCUCAGCUGCUUCCUACUAUGGAAGAGGUAAAACCUCUGUGAUUGGGUAUACAGUUCAUGAUGAUCUUUUCCUUGACAAUGGCGAUAAGAUCCCUCAGUUUGAAUUUGACUUGGCUAAUUACACAAGUUUUCAGAUGGGCUGGUUUGGGGUUAGACAUAGUACAUAUCCGAGCGAAAGUUAUGUGUAUGCUGCAAAAAAAGCUGGCUUGAUUGACACCCCUGGGUUUUCGUUGUACUUGGGCUCCGACGAAAAAACAGGAACCUUUCUUGUUGGUGGGGUUGAUAGGGCCAAAUACGAAGGCGAUUUCGCCUUUUUUGAGUCUGAUUUUGUCAUUCAAGGUAAAUCCAUCACCACUGGAAAUGGAACGGUACUUCCAUUGACAAAUACAGUCGAGAUAGACUCUGGUAAUCCAUAUUUAUCAUUGGACAAAGAUAUUUUUGAUGCGAUUAAUAAAGAAGUUGGAGCUAAUGAGUAUGGAGUUGCACCAUGUGAUCAAGUAUUGAAUACAGAUAAAAGUUUAAAGGUUGACUUGGGAGAUGUUACAAUUGAAAUUCCAUAUUCAGAUUUGUAUUUCGAAAAGUCCGAUAAGCCGGGUUAUUGUGAUACCUACAUCACUGAUACUUAUGAAACUGGUGGAGCCCAAAACCUUGGUCUCCCAUUUAUUAGACAAAUUUAUCUUACUAGUUCAUUUGACUCAAAAAAACUUGGUAUUGCACCGGUGAAAUACACCGAUGAGAGUGACAUUGUUGAUUUCUGGUUUUGA